UUCAUCAGUUGGUUUUUGCAGUUGAGAUUACAACUUGUUCUGUGCAGUGGCUGUCUAAGCUGUAGUAAAGUAAAAUGACGUCUUAUCAGAGGACUGUAACUGUUCGCUCGUCUGCUGCUCCAAAAUCCUUUACUAGCAGGUCCUAUACAGGAGGAAGGUUUGCCACAAAAGCUAGUACAGGUCCUCUCAGUCUUGGUUCUGUCUACAGUGGGGGGAGUGGCAGAAUUGGGGCAACAAGUGCGUUUUCUACCAGUACCAGUUAUGGAGGAGGAAGCAGCUUUUCAGGUAUGUCUGCUGGUACUGGAUUUCCACCCAUCAGUAAUGUGACUAUUAACAAGAGUCUCUUAGCUCCUCUCAACCUGGAAAUUGAUCCUAGAAUUGGCCAGGUCCGACUGGAAGAAAAGGAGCAGAUUAAGACCCUGAACAACCAGUUUGCAGGCUUCAUUGACAAGGUUCGUUACCUGGAACAGCAGAACAAACUUCUAGAGACAAAAUGGCAGCUGUUGCAGAACCAGGCCACUCCAAGCAGAUCCAACCUGGACUCCAUGUUUGAGGCUUACAUCAGCAACCUGCGAAGGCAGCUGGAUACCCUGGGGCAAGAGAAAGGGAAACUGGAGGCAGAGCUGCACAACAUGCAAGGCCUUGUUGAAGACUUCAAGAACAAGUAUGAAGAUGAAAUCAAUAAGCGUACUGACACAGAAAAUGAGUUUGUGUUGAUCAAAAAGGAUGUGGAUGAGGCAUACAUGAACAAGGUUGAACUGGAGGCCAAGCUGGAGGCUCUUACGGAUGAAAUAAAUUUCCUGAGACAGAUAUAUGAUGAAGAAAUUCGUGAGCUUCAAACUCAAAUUCAGGAUACCUCUGUCAUUGUACAAAUGGACAACAACAGGCAACUUGAUCUGGAUAACAUCAUUGCUGAAGUCAAAGCUCAGUAUGAGGACAUGGCUAAAAAUAGCAGAGCGGAGGCAGAAACCUAUUAUCAGCAGAAGUAUGAAGAGCUUGCUUCCUCUGCUGGAAGGUAUGGUGACGACCUUCGAAAUACCAAGAAUGAAAUUGCUGAACUAACCAGGUACAUCAACCGACUGAACAGUGACAUUGAUGCUCUCAAAGGACAGCGUACCAAUCUUGAAGCGGCUAUUGCUGAAGCAGAGGAGAGAGGAGAACAAGCAGUUAAAAAUGCACAGGCCCAACUCCAAGAGCUUCAGAAUGCUUUGACUCAAGCCAAACAAGAUAUGGCCCAUCAGCUGCGUGAAUAUCAGGAUCUGAUGAAUGUUAAACUGGCCCUAGACAUUGAAAUUGCCACCUAUAGGAAGCUGCUGGAAGGAGAAGAAAGCAGGUUGGCAUCUGGUAUUCAGGCUUCUACAGUAAAAGUCAAUCAGAGCUCCUAUUCAGGUGUACGUGCUCCUAUUUUGAGCAGUGGUUAUGGCUCUGGCAGUUUCCAGACUUCAUCUUAUUCUUCCUUCCCUCUUGAGACUUCUUACAGCUCUCCGAAGAAGAGCAUAAUAGUGAAAACCAUAGAGAGCCGUGAUGGCAAGAUUGUAUCGGAGCGCUCCAACAUAGUGAAAGAAUAAGUGGCACUAAGUUCUUAAACGUAAUUUAAACUGUCUGAUAAUGCUGUAUUGGAAGGUUGUGUGGCUAACAAUAUGAACAGCUCCAGAUUUCAGCAGGAAAGGAAUGUUUGGUAGCCUUGUAUGAUGGCAGCACUAGUCAUUCUAAAGUAAUGUGGUUGGCUUGUCAGAAUGUUGGUACCCCUUCUGUAUUUAAGAUGUUGGCAAUUAGUUACCUCAAGAUCUGAGGUAUUUUGAAUUUGACUGCCUUCCACACUAAAUUUUGUCCUUAAGUAUUAAGUGCAUCAUCAAGGUCCAUGCAUAAUCUCAUCUGAAAUUAGAUGAGCUGAUGUUGGAAACUUUCAAUUGCCGAGAACCUUUUAGUCCUGUUUCCUGGAGUUGUGAAAGGUAAACUAACAGUGUAGGGUACAAUAAUUCUCUGAGUAUAACACUUCUAUCUCUGUAAAACUGGGAAAUUCCAUUGUAUUGAUGCUCCCAGUUUUAAUGGCAAACCAAAGUUGCCAAGAGUGUCUAGUAUUUUGAUAAGUUUAACACAAUAAACCUUUGCUUUAAAAACAA